ACAACCGCAGUUACCAAUUGUCGGCUCCGGUCACCCGACACGCAAAAUCACAUUCGAGUUCGCCAAGUUUAUCGGUCUAUGUAGCUUUAAGUUCAGAACAAUACAAAAUCGCAGAAUUAUAAUAUUUCGUUGCGUUAUCAAUUUUUUAUUGGUUUUACUUAGUUAGCUUAAGUUGGUGCGCGUCUCCGUUGUGCAUAUAAACUGCAAUCGAAAUCGUUGUUGGAUUUUAUUCGAAUAACCAGUCAGACAUGUACAGUCAGCGUGACUAAAACAGAAACAUGGAACAGCACAACGAAGUUCACGGUGGCGUCGUCGGCGACGACGAGACGGCGACCAGACGCAAGUCGCUUGGCCGUCUUAAAGAAAUGACCAUCACCUGGGAGUCGGACCCACAAGGUAUUAAAUAUUCGCGAAACGACGACACGGAACCGAAUUGUCCUAGCGCGAGUGGCCGCAAUAGUCAAUUUGCACCCAUGGUGGAGGUGGAACUGAAACCCCCCAAGCCGCCGCAAAUGUCAGCCAUGGAAAUGGAAAGUAUCAAAGAACGGGAGAGAGCGACCAAGUUGAGGAAAUGCGCCCAGCACCUGGAGCUGGAGAGCGUCAACGGCAAGUACACCAGGGAAAACUUCAAACGAGGAUUGCUCAACAAGGAAGUUCUGGCCAUACUGUUUCAAUUAUUUGACGAAGACAACGAAAAAGUACUUAAACAAGAGAAAUGGAUUCAAUCGUUAAAAGAGAGACUAAUCAGGGAUGAAAAACAAGGGGAUUUUGCCGAACAGCUAGAAAGUGUAGCGUACGUGCUAUGCGGUGACCAAGCCAUAAGUCUGUUGAAAUUUAAUCAAAUAUUUCAAGCAAAGGGCAUUGUCGAAAAACUAUUCCGUCUCGUCGACAAGGAUUCAGACGGAGUAAUUACACCAACACAAGUGAUGGAUUUGCUGUCUUCCAUCACGUACUCGUCCAGAGUAAAAUCCGGGUUCGACAGCGAAAACCUGAUGUGGCUGGAGCAGUUGUUCCGGCAGACCGUUGGAGAUGAAAUGGAAAUCAAACGAGAUGAUUUCAAUAAGAUUUUAAUCACAAAAAACCCAUUCUUCACCGAACGAGUGUUUCAAAUAUUUGACAAAGACAACUCAGGAUCAAUAUCGUUACACGAGUUCCUCGACGCCAUGCAUCAGUUUGCAGGUCAAACGCCAGAUGAUAAAAUUCGAUUUCUGUUCAAAGUUUACGACUUGGAUGGUGACGGUCUUAUACAACACCGUGAAUUACAACACGUGAUGCGUGCCUGUAUGGAAGAAAACGGUAUGCAAUUUUCUGAAGAUCAAGUGGAAGACUUGACCAUGGCGUUGUUCGAAGACGCCGACAGUGAAUCGAGAGGUGCCAUUACGUACGAAGCACUAAAAAAUCAGCUACAAAAACACAAUGGUCUGUUAGAAAACCUGUCGAUAAGCAUAGACCGAUGGCUAGUACCGCCGAAACCGAAACAGCCGCCGGCCUCGGUCAUGGGCAAAUUGACUGCGCUGCGGCCUUAUCAACUGUCGUUGCCGUACAUGCGAAACAAUUAUGUAUACUUGAUAUUCUUAAACGUUUACGUACUAGUCAACAUAGUUCUGUUCGGUACCAGAAUUUAUCAGUACAGAAAUUCCAAUAUAUAUACGAUCUUAGCAAGAGCUUGUGGCCAGUGUUUAAAUUUCAAUUGCACCUUUGUGCUCGUGCUCAUGUUGAGACAUUGCAUAACGUUCCUGAGGACGCGAGGGCUGUCUUCUUUUUUGCCGCUGGACCAACACAUAUAUUUUCAUAAAAUCACCGGAUUUUUCAUAUUCGGCUACAGUUUGCUUCAUUCGCUAAUGCACCUGUUGAACUUCAGCACCGUCAUCAUAUACGAUUCGAAUUUAAACUACGAAGGCUUCACCGUGUCCGAAUGGCUAUUCACAACUGAUCCAGAAAUGUUCGGCCUCAUCGACGGGUAUGCAAAUCCCACGGGCGUCUUACUGAUCGCCAUACUGUUGGUCAUGUUCGUUUGCUCUCAGCCGUUUGUGCGCCGAGGAGGCUGUUUUGAAAUCUUCUACUGGACGCAUCUGUUGUACGUGCCGUUCUUCCUGUUGCUGAUUGUGCACUGUCCGAAUUUUUGGAAAUGGUUCGUCGUGCCCGGUUUGAUUUACCUGUGCGAGCGUUUCUACCGUUUCUCGCUGAUGCGGUCCGAACACGGCAAGACCUACAUCAGUUCCGGCUUGCUGUUGCCGUCGAAAGUCACGCACUUGGUCAUCAAGAGGCCGCCACACUUUGACUUCCAUCCGGGCGACUACGUGUUCGUCAACAUACCUGUGAUAGCCAAGUACGAAUGGCACCCGUUCACGAUCAGCAGCGCUCCGGAACAAGAAGAUUACAUGUGGCUGCACAUACGGGGCGUGGGCGAAUGGACCAACAGGCUUUAUUCGUACUUCGAACAAGAACAGCACAAGUUGCACUCGCUCAACGAAGAGCUGCCGGGCUCGGUCAACGACAAUUCGUCCGUCGUCGGCACCCUGGAAUCGUCGACAAUGAAAAAACUACAAACAACAUUGCAAAGAACGUUUUCGGGAAGGACCAUUGACGAAUCGGCCAAAGGCAAGUAUAAACGAGGCGGAGAUUUCAGCUACACCAAUCAGAGUUUUAGCAGUCUGCCGGAAGACUUUCAGAUAAGAGGCUCCGAUAGUGAUAACGUGUCUGGAAAUUCAAAACCUAACGAUGCGAGAAAAUCCGUGAAGAAGAAAGUGCAGAACACCAAUCUUCAUAAACUCGUGCUGAUCAACAAAGCUCCGUUGUCCAAAUCGUUAUCUAUGCCCGACAUGGACAACAGGAUCAAAAAGAGAGAACGCCUUUUGGCUUUGCGCACUUACAUGCGAUCGGAAUCCGAAAAGAGUUUCGACGAGUGUCAAAUGAAGAGAGCCAGACUACAGUCGCUGGGUCUGGCGUACCUGAGCCCUCAGAACAAAUCGUUGGCGCAGAGCUUCCGGUACAUGAGGCACAAACCCACCAUCAUCGCGUUCAAGACGCCCAGCUUGGAAAACUGCGAGAACAAAGUGUCGUCGUACAGCAUCACAAUGGAAAACGCGUCCAACAUUGGCAGCAUGGAGUUCGUGACUAACGAGAACAAGUCGAACGAAAGGCCGGACGAGGACAACAGCGGCCGAUCGCCGAUAAAUUAUCCCGUCGGCAAACCGUUAGAAAUUUACUUGGUAGGCCCGUACGGCGCACCGUCAAGUCAUAUAUUCCGAGCCCAACACGCGGUGAUGAUAGCCACGGGCAUUGGCGUCACGCCGUUUGCGUCCAUUCUACAAUCGAUCAUGCACAGAUAUUGGAAGGCCAGGCACACGUGCCCCAAGUGUAAAUACCCGUGGGUCAGCGAAAUACCUCCUACGGUGAUGCACCUGAGGAAGGUGGACUUCUUUUGGAUUAAUCGCGACCAGAGAUCAUUCGAGUGGUUCGUCAAUUUGCUAUCGCAACUUGAAAUCGAACAAGCCGAGCUCGGUGGUGCCAUGGAGAGGUUUUUAGAGAUGCACAUGUACAUUACCUCAGCGUUGCAGAAAACCGACAUGAAAGCGGUCGGACUUCAGUUGGCGUUAGAUUUGCUACACGAAAAAGAAAAACGAGAUUUGAUCACCGGAUUGAAAACGAGAACAAACGCCGGCAGACCGAAUUGGGACAAAGUGUUUAAGCAGCUGUUAGAUCAAAAGAAAGGAAAAAUCACAGUGUUUUAUUGUGGACCACCACAGUUGGGUAGACUGCUCCGAGUAAAGUGUGAUCAGUUCGGAUUUGAUUUUCGAAAAGAAGUUUUCUAAUAUUAGAUAAACGCGGUUUAUGGAUUUUUUUUUUAAUGUAAAAAAGUGAUCAAUGUCUUUAUUUAUAUAAUAUUAUUGUGUUUGUAAUCAAGUCAUGAUAGUAGUUACCAUAUUGUUAAAGAAAAGACUGCAAUCGAGUUACCAACAUCAAUGUUACCAUAAAAAAACGUAAUUUUAAAAUUGAAAUUCACCCUUCAUUUAUAACAUCAUUUACUUCUAAGGUCAUUCAGAAAAAACAAAAUAAUAUAAAUGACACUACGUUAAAUAUUAGUAAUUGCUUAUCAAUUUAUAAGUAAUGACUUAAAUUAUAUUUAUAUAUAGUGCCGUGAUAAUCAUUCAGUUUUGUUUAAGGCGCCUUCUACUUGAUAAUUACUGUUGUAUUAUUACCUAUUAUUAUUAUUAUUAUUAUUAUUAUAUUAUUAGAAGUUUAAUUUAUACACGAUCUUAUUAUACUCUGAUGUAAAAAUAGAUUAAGUAUUUAUACAUUUAAUAUUUUUAAAUUCAU